AUGUCUGUCCCAGAGCAAGACCUAUGUCACCAUAUGAAAGUAGUUGUUCGUGUACGCCCCGAAAAUGCAAAAGAAAAGGCAGAUGGAUUCCAUAAAGUGGUUCAUGUUGUAGAUACACAUAUACUAGUUUUUGAUCCCAAACAGGAAGAAGCCAGCUUUUUACAUGGAAAGAAAACUUUAAAUCGAGAUAUUACAAAGAGACAAAAUAAGGAUCUUAAAUUUGUAUUUGAUACUGUUUUUGAUGAAACAUCGACUCAGUUGGAGGUUUUUGAGCACACAACUAAACCAAUUAUUCAUAGUUUCUUGAGUGGAUAUAAUUGCACAGUACUUGCUUAUGGUGCUACGGGAGCUGGGAAGACUCACACGAUGCUAGGAUCAGCUGCUGAACCUGGAGUGAUGUAUCUAACAAUGUUAGACCUUUACAAAUCCAUAGAUGAGAUUAAAGAAGAAAAAGUAUGUAGCACUACAGUUUCAUACCUGGAGGUAUAUAAUGAACAGAUCCGUGACCUCUUAGUAAAUUCAGGGCCACUUGCUGUUCGUGAAGAUGCCCAGAAAGGGGUGGUUGUUCAGGGCUUGACUUUACACCAGCCCAAAUCCUCAGAAGAAAUUUUACAAUUACUGGAUAAUGGAAACAAAAACAGAACACAGCAUCCUACUGAUGUGAAUGCUACAUCUUCACGUUCUCAUGCUGUUUUCCAGAUAUAUUUGCGACAACAAGACAAAACAGCAAGUAUCAAUCAAAGUGUUCGUGUUGCCAAGAUGUCACUCGUUGACCUAGCAGGGUCUGAACGUGCCAGUGCUACAAGUGCUCAAGGUGUCCAAUUUAGAGAAGGCACAAAUAUUAAUCAGUCACUCUUAGCUCUUGGGAAUGUCAUCAAUGCCUUAGCAGAUGCAAAAAGAAAGAACCAGCAUAUUCCUUACAGAAAUAGUAAGCUCACUCGCUUGUUAAAGGAUUCUCUUGGAGGAAACUGUCAAACUAUAAUGAUAGCUGCUGUUAGUCCUUCCUCUAUGUUCUAUGACGACACAUAUAACACUCUGAAGUAUGCUAAUCGUGCAAAAGAUAUUAAAUCUUCUUUGAAGAGCAAUGUUCUUAGUCUCAACAGUCAUAUAACUCAAUAUGUAAAGAUCUGUAAUGAGCAGAAGAAAGAGAUUUUGAUGUUGAAAGAAAAACUAAAAGCCUAUGAAGAACAGAAAGUGCUUGCUGAUGACAAAAACAAAGUAAACCUAAUAAUGCCAAAUCCUCAAGAAAAAGAAAUCAAAAGAUUCCAAGACAUUCUGCAGUGCUUGUUCCAGAAUAGAGAAGAAAUCAGGCAAGAAUAUCUAAAGUCAGAAAUGUUAAUAAAAGUAAAUGAACUUAAGACAUUCCAUGAACAACAAUGCCAUAAACAAAUAGAAAUGAUGUGCUCUGAAGACAAACUACAAAAGGCCAUCUGCAAAAGAGAUCAUAGACUCGCAAUGUUGCAAACUCAUCGUCACUACUUGGAAAAGAAAAAGGAAGAGGAAUUGAAGCAAUUUGAUGAGAAUACUAACUGGCUCCAUCGUGUUGAAAAUGAUAUAAGCCUUUUAGGCCUAAACGGUCAUAUUGCAAAGGACCUCACUAAAGAUCUUCGGUGUCACCAUUUACACCUCCAAAACAAAGAUUUGCAAGCACAAAUUAAGCAUACAAUGGAUCUAGCUGCUCUUCAAGAACAACAGAAUAGGCAGACUGAAAUAUUAUUAAACACUUUAAUUCCAGCCUUCAGAAAACAGUAUUGUGCAUUAAAAGAAGCUGGCCUAUCAAAUGCUGGUUUUGAGUCUGACUUCAAGACAAUUCAGGAUUUAGUUGAGAGGAAAAAAAUGGUGGCUUGGGCUGACCAAAUAACUGAACAUCCAAAGCAAAAAGAUUUAAUGGAGGUUUCUGUUCUUAUGACUUUUCCACAACUUGGACCAGCUCAGGGAGUCCAUUGUUGCACAUCUUCAAGUGAAUCAAAUCCAUUUGUAAUUUCUCCACAAAAAAGAACUCGAAGAAAACUAAUGCCGUCUCCAUUAGAAGCAAAACCUACCCAAAAGUCUUUAUUUUCUGAAAAUACUCAGCUCAAUGAUUCCUUCUGCAAAGACCUUCAGCCUAUUGUAUAUACUCCAGAAAACUGUGGACGAAAUUUUCAAACUCCAUCUACAAGGACCUUAAUAAAACCAUCAUUGGAUACUAUGAAUUCUCAGGCAUUCAAUUCAAAUAUGAACAGUAAUAACUGUUUGAAAAUGGUGUGUGAAGUAGAUACUCCUUUUAAUAGGAAAAUAAAAUGUAGACAGGGGGAUUUGGACUCUACAUUUGUCAUAUGUGAAGAUACCAAGAAGUUGGGGAGUGAAUUACCUGAAAAAGAAUCACUGCCAAAUCACAACAGUAAUAUAUUGCCAAGGCUUGUGUCUUCUUCACACUCAACUAAGCCUUCUGUGCUUGUACCAAACAUGGUACCAUCCUACAUGGCAAUGACUGCUGCUGCCAAAAGGAAGCGGAAAUUAGCAAGUUUUGAACCAAAUACUUCAGUAAAUUAUGGACUUGCCAAACGUGUUCGACAAGAUAGUUUAAGAUCUAACAAGCAUUUAAAAGAAAACAGCUCUACAGUGGAAUAUAGAAGAAACAACCAGAAAAUAAACUCAAGCUUCAAUCGAAAAUUUGGAAGAAAUACUUCAAAAGAAAAUCUAAGAUAA